AUGCUGGUACAAACUACGCCACGAUACAUCACAACGCUUCGUGGACAACGUGAAGCAGCGAGUAUUCGCCGACAAGAACGCAAAACGAAAAUUCGAAAAACGACAGAAUCACAUGUAUCGAAGACGAGCGAGAUUUCUUCUCCUGCCCGUGUUUCAAAGGACCAGCUCACAAGCCAUCUUACGUCUGACCAUAUAAACCACCUAGUGGAUCGGGAUCCAUAUGACAAUGCACUACUGUUUCUGCAAAAUCUUUCCUCGUUCGACCAACCAAAAGUGGUCAUCGACACCGGUACAGGCACGGGCACAUUUUUGUCGUCAUUUUCUGGCGGUACUGUCAAUGGAGGCUUCUUCUCCGGCCCUGAGAACAUGGAGAUAGAUACAGGUGCACUUGCAGUUGAUCUCAUGCUUGCUCCAAGUAGUACUGGUGGUUCACAUUCUCUUUCUCCUUCUGCUUCUGUUGAUCAAGCACAAGUACAAGCACAAGCAAUCGACUGGACACGAUGGGAUGCUCUGCUUGGAGAAGACCCGAAUAAUAAUAUGAUGCUGCCGCCACUGUUUAUGACCGAAUUGCCAGAAUAA